CCGGCCCAGCCACCGACCACCCCGCCCGCCCGCUGCCCCGAAAGCUCUCCCGCCUCGCUGCUCCUCAGGCCCCGGCCGCCCCCGCCAGCGACGACGACGACGACGACGACGCCACCUCCUCCCACUCCAUGGCCGCCGCUUACCCGGCUGCCGUCGCUGCUGCUGCUGCUGCUGCUGCCGCCGCCGCCGCUGCAUUGUGGGAAGCGGCCGCCUGAGCCGGACCCACCUCGCUCGCUCGCUCGCUCGCUCGCCGCCGCCGCCGCCGCCUGCAUCAGCCGCCCGCCGCCAUGGGCGCCGUCACCGAUGGUAAGAGGCUGGAUGGCUGGCCGAGCGACCCCGCGGCGUUGGCCCGGCACCGGGGGCGGCCUCUUCGCGGUCCUCUCCCCCGCGGCGCUGCCGCCUCGGACGGGCCCUGUCGCCACCGCCGCCGCACUCGCUUUCCCCAGGCCUUCGCAACCCGGCUUCCCUCAGCCGCCGCCGCCGCUCCUCCCUGCCCGCCCAAGAAGCCCGAUCUCGCCCACCAGCCUCGUUUUCUGCUCCUGAGCAAGGGGCCUCGCGAAGCCUUUAUUUCACGUGCGCGGGAUCCUCCCCUUCCCCCAAAUAAUAAUAAUAAUAAUAAUAAUAAUAAUAAUAAUAAUAAUAUAAUGCCGGUUCCUCUCACUCUCCCCCCUGAUCACAUUUUAAAUCCCCAUCUGCCCCCGCCUCAGCCUCUUCUCCCUCAACCCAACCCAGCCUUCCCUCUUGAAGAUGCAUGGAGCUGGUGGGCGAGUUUGCCUACAACUGAGCACAUGGCGACCGUCAGGUGCUGCCAAUCCAAGAUAAAUUUUGGGAGACCCGAUGGGCGGCUGCUCUUGCGCGGGGAAGACUUGCAUCUUUCAACACUGCAUCUUGCCAUUAUGCCCCCACCCCCAGGGCGGGAAGCCCUUGGUGAGAGAGGGGCACAGAGUGGGAAAGGGGUGAGGGCGCAGAGGGAGAAUAUGGGGGAAGAUGCUUAACUGUGUGUAUUGUUGUGUUUUAGGAUCUAGAGAUCUCGCCUUCUGAGAAAUUAGGAACUGGAAUUUUUUGCGUAGGUCUGUGUGGAUUGCGUCCUCACAUGGCAAAUGCUAAAAACGUGUGUGUAUGGCUCAAGGGGCACGCUGUGAGCCGCAGAUAAUGACGCUUUUCUGUAACAGGGCCUCUUGCCCCACAUCUUGUGUUUGCGUCCCAUGGCAGUGAUUUAAAAGAAUGGUUAGUUCUGAGAGAUGGUGCAUUGUGUCCCCACCCCCAGCUCAGUUCCAGGUUUUGUAUGAAUGUAUGUAUGUUUGUUUUUGUAACAUAGCCUUCUUCCUCUUUUAUAGCCUCCCCCUUUGAUGUAUUUUUCACAACAAAGUCAGUAAUGAUAAGCUCACGACCUGACGCUGUGGCCAUUUAGCUAUCCUCAUUAUAUACAGCGUACCUCCUGUUGUUCACACACUCUCUGGCUUCAGAACUUAUUUCUGUGGUGAUAUAAACCUUUCUUGACCAUUUCCCCUCUUAAUUCCGCCUUCAUAAGUUUGUUUAUACCUGUAAUGAUGAUAAAAGUUUUCUUUGCAUUAGAAAAAAACCCCUAUUAAUUUAUAAUAUACUGCCACAUUUGUGUGAAUCUCAGGCUAUAAUCCUGUACCCACUUACAUGGGAAUAGGCCCCAUUCAAAUCACUAGGUCUUAUUUCUGAGUUCACAUGUGUAGGAUUGUGUUGAAAUACCUCAUCUGUGUUGCUUGAAAUCCAUCCAUGAAUUGUCUCUCAGGACUAAACACUGUAUGAAAUCUACUACUGUAUGAAAUCAACUACUAAUUAAAUAGUCGAGUGUAAUCCUAUGGGAUGGCACUUCGGAUAACAAAAUAUACUUACAGACCCCCUCACCCUAAUACAUACUUUCACUAAGUAAACCCACUGGAACCAGAAUUUACUUUUAAGUAAACAGUUUUAGGAUUUGGGCAGUUGCCUUAUCAAAUGGCUGCUUUCUGUGACAAUAACCAACAUAUCAUUGUUGCUCAUUUUAAAUUAUUGCUUCUGCCUUAGAUGAAGUUAUUCGCAAACGACUAUUGAUUGACGGAGAUGGUGCUGGCGACGACAGACGAAUUAAUUUGUUGGUGAAGAGUUUCAUCAAGUGGUGCAACUCCGGAUCUCAUGAAGAAGGGUAUUUCUGUCUUACCUAUAAAAUAGAAAGUGGGAGUAGGUCAUCAAACACCAGUUCUGCAUAAAUAAAAGCUUUUAGUUUUAAUAUCAUGUGGGAAUUGUGUCCAGUGGCAGAUGUUAGUAACAACAUUAUAUAGUCGUACCUUGGAUCCCAAACAUUUUGGCUCCCAAAUGCCGCAAACUCGGAAGUGAGUGUUACAGUUUGCGAACGUUCGUUGGAACCCGAACGUCCGAUGUGGCUUCCGCAGCUUCCAAUUGGCUGCAGGAGCUUCCUGAAGCCAAUCAGAAGCUGCACCUUGGUUUCCAAACGUUUUGGAAGUCGAAUGGACUUCCAGAACGGAUUCCGUUUGACUUCCAAGGUACGACUGCAUCCAAAUUUCAGAGUUUAAAUAUUUGUUUUCCCAAAAGGCACUUUCAAACAGUCUAAAUACUAUAGUGAAGUGUAAACAAUUAAAAUCUAGCUAUGAUACAUCAGUUCUUUAAUUACUUGUCAAUUUCAAGUAUAUUCUGUUGAACACCCACUCUAAUAGUGGGAAUGUUUUUGGCAGCUGGGUUUUAUAGCAGCUGGUGAUCAGUAUUAAAUGGGCGAAAUCGUUUGCCCUGGGAAGGUGUAUUGAUCAACUGACCUUAAACAAAACACUGAGAGUCUUCAAACACAAUCCUUUUAGUAAAGUAAAUGCAUAGCUGUGUUGUGUGCAGUCCAGAUGACUUCCUUCAGAGCUGUGCUUUUGCUGCAGGCCUACCACAUUCCUCACAUUAGGCUUGCUUGAUUUUAUUAUUAUUUAGGAAAAUGCAAUUCUGCCUCCAGAUAAUGGAGUUGCCAUGCGGAAUGUUGGCUGUUGUGAGUGUUGCAGGCACCUUGAGUACUGAAUGUAACAUCAAUGCUACAAUGUAAUACAAAUGUUGAUUGUACAAUAUUGUCAUUGGGUGACACUUGGGAGAUUAAAACUUUUUCUUUCUUAACGCUUUGAGGAGCAGCCUACAGCAAGAUCUGCCAGGAUGAGCGGGUUAGGAUCCAGCGGAUCUCUAGCUGAGCUGCGACAUUUCUUGCACGGUCAGGCUAUGCCCUCUUAACUCCCUCAUCCAGGCUAAAUUAAGCUGGCAAAAGGGUAGUGUACCUACAAGGCUUGUUUUUCCUUUGCCAGGCUCAAACCAGCUCAGCCAGCAGGAGGCCUGCUGCUGAAAGGAGUUUGGUAUAACUUUAUAUCAGCUUAAUUUGCACCAAUUUGCUUCAUGCCAGUUUCUUGUGUAUAGGAUUGCUCCCUUAAAGUGUUUCCCUGUUACACAGGAACACUCACUUAGCUUUGUUUUUUGUGUUUGUUUUUUGUAAAGGCAAACAGCAUCAAGGAUACACACUCAUGCUCCUUUAAAGCAAGCCUUUGUGUUCUUUUUAUCCCGUUUAUACAGCUCUUGAAGGCUGUAUGUUCUUUCUGUUUCGCACUGGAGUUCAUCUCUUCUUUCAAGAAAAAGUGAAUGACAGGAUAACUUUUCCCAGUGCCACUAUCUGUGCCAUCCAUUCCAUGUGGGUUGGAUGUGGCAUUAUUGCUUUCAAACAGGAACUUCCAAGGCUAUCACUCAGUUGAUAAAAUGUGAUGGGGCAGGCAGGCAACACUGGUCUGAAACAAGCUUUGCUUGAAAUGGAAUGGUUUUAUCAGAAAAAGUAUUUCUAAACUGGACUAUAGCAAUUUUUCCAAAGUGCAACGAAGUACCAGACUUUUGUGGGAAAAGGAUGUGUGGAAGGAUAUUCUGAUUCUGGAUUGAUCUCCCCUUAGAGGUGUGAUGGUCUCCCAUGUUGUUGGGUUACAGAUGCCAAGGGGAAACAUUUCUCUUUGUCAAGGCCUUCAUGCUUUGAUAAAUAAGAGGUGUCCGCUGCAUCAGCAAUGUGUGCAUUCUGUUUUAAUUUGUUUGUUGCCUUUUUUAGUGUAUAUAUGUUUUUUGUUUAGUUGAAUUUUGUUCAUAUGUUUGGUGUGCAGUGCCCUGGACUCUUUCUGGUGAAUUGUGAUCCAUACAUAAGUAAUAGAUAUAGUACAAAGGGCAAAGGACACGAUAGUAUGUAAAAUUAAUUUUAGUCAUUAUUAUUUAUCAUUGAUGAAUGCUUCCACAAGCCCAAGGAUUCUGGAUCAGGAAGUUGUAUUCACACUUCUAGAAGUACAAGCGGUGCAAAUCCAUUUAGAAUUAGAAGUAUAAACAUCUUAGGUCUGUCAAGUGAUGUAGUGAGCUUUUUGUUGCUGAUUUCUCAUCCAGAUUUUAAUCACUUGCACUAUUCAAUUUAAAUACAUUUGCAUUUCACACAGUGCUCAAGGACUGCUAUCAUCUUUUUGUUAGCUCUACUUAUUUCCCUUAAGAUUGAGAUUCUAGGAGCAUUUAAACCUCAGACUAUUUACUGUGGCUCCAUUUAUGUCUGAAGUAAACAGUUUAAGGUAUACAGUUUGAUUACCGUAAAAAUCAGCUUUCCUUGCUAUUUUGAAGCUGAUACUAGCAGCAAUUAGGGAACUUAGUUAGAAAUGUGGAUUCCCCCCUCCCCCCCCAUAACAGACUGAUGUUGGGGGUGCUGCUUCACAUUGUUUAAAGUAAUACAUUUAUAGCACCUGCUCUGGGCUUUUCAAUAACUAAGGCCUCAACCUUAACCGUACAUACUCUGAAGUACAUCCUGUAGAAUUCAAUGGGGCUUACUAGCAGGUAAGUGGGGUUAAGUUUGUCUCCUCAGCCUCAUCCCACCCUUUUAGAACAGAACCAAUGGCUGCAUCUUACCUUUGUGUAAACUUUAGUCUAAAGGAUUACACAGAAGAAUACUGUGCAAUGCCUGUUUUACCCUUAUUAAUAGCCAACACAAUGAUUUAGGCAGCUGCUUUACGUCUUCUUGGCAUCCCCCUCCUCCUGAUUAUUCUACAUUGCUCAGAUGUUGGUUAAAGGAAGCCUACCUCCUCCUUUUGUAUGCAUUCCCUCCUUGCAACUAAUUGAUAUCAGUUAACCUGUGCAUUUACAGAAUGACAAUUUGAUAGCUGUAAUAAUAGACACAUAUUAGGAGUGUAAGGGAUCAGCUUUACAACAAAUGUUCUUUUUAUAUAUAGUGACUCUAUUAUGGUGAUUAUAAAUGCCAGAAAAACACCACUAAGAGCAGGUAGCUUUGAAAGUAGCUGUGGGAGCCCUUAAAUACACACAAAAAAAAUAAUUUGUAUUGAUUUGCAUCAGGCUUCAAUUCAGCAUUGAGCUCCCGAGAAUCAUUGUAUGUCCAUGAGAUAUUAAAUUAUUGAAUUCAUAAUACCUUUUCAGCUACACCCAGUACCAACGCAUGCUGAGCACUCUGUCACAGUGUGAAUUUUCAAUGGGAAAAACCUUGCUUGUAUAUGAUAUGAACCUCAGAGAAAUGGAGAACUACGAAAAAAUCUACAAAGAUAUAGGUAAAUACUGGAUUUCCGACUGAAUAUUGUCGUCAUACAAUAAACAAUGGUGAUAUAAUUGUUUUAUAUAAUAUAAUUACGCAAAAAGCAAUCCAUUUUUGCCACACUGCAGUUCUUUCCAUUUUAUAAAUUGAAACCUGAAGCUGCCAGCUCAAGUCGAGAUAAGGCAGAGGUAUGGUUAGCAGGUGGUUCAUCUACUCAGAUGGGUGGUAUUCUCCCUGUUCUGAAGAGGGUUGCACUCCUGUGGGAUUGGGGGGUAAACCUGUGACCCUCCAGAUGUUGUUUGACUUAAACUCUCAUUAUCCUUGACCACUGGUUGUGCUGGCUGGAGCAGUUCUUGUCAGUUGACAUUUGGAGAGCUACAAGUUCCCCAAUGGUACUCUGAAUGCUCAGGUACAUAGUCUGGAGGGCUUCUUGAUUCCUCCUUGCCAUUGGAGACUAGGGUGAAUAAAAACUUUUUUUAAAAAAAAUAUUUUGUUGCAUAUGCAUGUUAGCCCACCUUUGUAUUUAAGCACAGGCCUGAUAGCAUAGAGGAUAUGCAAACAGGUGAGUGAGCGCGCUGGUGGAGGAGGGAUGGAGUUCCCAUCCAGCAUAGAAAAGCCAUCCCUCCUCUGCCAGUCCCUAGGAAGCCAGUGAUUUCUGUGAGCUUAUUCACAAGGCUGUCUUAGCCCUGCAGAUAAUCACUAAGCAGGGUCAAUGUGUCCUACCAGACGUAGUGCUGAAGGAGGCUUGCUUUGUAAAUGAAAAAUCAGUUUGAUAAUUUCUUAAAUGUGAAUAUUUACCCUUUUCCUGUCAAACACGGACCUGAUAAAAAUAGCAUAUCAGUCACUGUGAGUUCAUUUUUGUUUGCUUCUUUUUUGUGAGGCUGGGCCGAGGCAAACUGAAGCACUUUUCAGUAAACAUGGACAGGAUUGAACUGUUAACCUCACAAACUGUCAUGGGAGUCAGUCAUAAGAAAGUCCCUAUAGGGGAGUACUUUUUAAAGACAUUCCCUCUAUAGGUAAAACAGGGGAGUACGGAAAAAAGAAAUGCAAUGUGACAAAUAGAUGCAAGGGCUGGUUGUAAAGCAUACAACUUAGCAUGAUUUAGUGGUCAGAUUUGCACACUUGUUUAGAAGAAGUACCAAUAGGAAGCUUGAAUUAAACCAUUGAUUUAAAUCAGUCCAGCCUGCUGAAAACUCAUGUUGUCUCUAUAGCCAUUUAGCAGCUUAGGCUGCUGCACCUGAUAUGAUCCUACCUUGAUGGGAAUAACCUGGCUUCCAUUAUCCCUGCCUUGGUAACCUCCCAUUUGGACUACUGCAAGGUGUUGCAUGUGGGACUGCCACUGAAGACUGUCUUGAAACCUCUGUAAACUCCAAAAUUACCGUAUUUUUCGCACCAUAGGACGCACCGGCCCAUAGGACGCACCUAGUUUUUUGGGGGGGAAAUAAAGGAAAAAAAAUUUUAUUUCCCCCCCAGGUGCGCUGUGCUAAGCCCGAAGCUUGGGGCGUGCAGAGCUCAGCGCGCCCCAAGCUUCUGGGUGCCGGCAAGCAGUCCGCUAGCCUUGGGAGAGCCCCGCGGCUCUCCCAGGGCUAGCGGAGCGCUGCGCUAAUCCCGAAGCUUGGGGCGUGCAGAGCUCAGCACGCCCCAAGCUUCUGGGUGCCGGCAAGGUCUCCUCUAGCCGUGGGAGAGCCGCGGGACUUCGCGCGGCUCUCCCAUGGCUAGCGGAGCACAGCACGAAAACCCAAGCUUGGGGCGUGCAGAGCGCAGCGCGCCCCAAGCUUCUGGGUGCCGGCAAGGUCUCCGCUAGCCGUGGGAGAGCCGCGGGACUUCGCGCGGCUCUCCCAAGGCUAGCGGAGCGCUGCGCUAAUCCUGAAGCUUGGGUAGUGCAGAGCUCAGCAAGCCCCACACCUCAGGGUGCCGGCAAUCAGUACGCUAGCCGUGGGAGCGACCCGCGGCCUCCCAGGGCUAGUGGAGCGCUGCGCUAAUCCCGACGCUUGGGGCGUGUGGAGCUCAGCGCGCCCCAAGCUUCUGGGUGCCGGCAAGCAGUCCGCUAGCCUUGGGAGAGCCCCGCGGCUCUCCCAGGCCUAGCGGAGCGCUGCGCUAAUCCUGAAGCUUGGGGCGUGCAGAGCUCAGCGCACCCCAAGCUUCUGGGUGCCGGCAAGGUCUCCGCUAGCCGUGGGAGAGCCGCGGGACUUCGCGCGGCUCUCCCAGGGCUAGCGGAGCGCUGCGCUAAUCCCGAAGCUUGGGGCGUGCAGAGCUCAGCGCGCCCCAAGCUUCUGGGUGCCGGUAAGCAGUCCGCUAGCCUUGGGAGAGCCCCGCGGCUCUCCCAGGGCUAGCGGAGCGCUGCGCUAAUCCCGAAGCUUGGGGCGUGCAGAGCUCAGCGCGCCCCAAGCUUCUGGGUGCCGGCAAGGUCUCCGCUAGCCGUGGGAGAGCUGGGUCUCCCAUGGCUAGCGGAUAGCUUCCUGAAGCCUGGAGAGCGAGAGGGGUCGGUGCGCACCGACCCCCCUCUCUCUCCAGGCUUCAGCGAAAGCCUGCAUUCACUCCAUAGGACGCACACACAUUUCCCCUUCAUUUUUGGAGGGGAAAAAGUGCGUCCUAUGGAGCGAAAAAUACGGUAGUAACUGGGACUGGGAAAUACGACCGUAUCAGACCACUGCUUUGCCAGCUUCCAUUUCUGAGCUCCCAGUCCAUUUCAGAGCCCAAGGCGGAGUGCUGGUUUUGACCUUUUAAGACCUUCAUGGCUUAGGACUAGGGUACCUGAAGAAUCCCAUCUCUCCACAUGUGCCUUACCAAACUUAAAAACUUCUGAAGCUUUCGCAAGGAGCACCUGCUGGGGGAGAUACUGGAGGUUAUUGGCCUUUUCAUUGGUGGCAUCCUGGCUAUGAAAUGCCCCCCUCCAUGGGCAGCUGCUUUGAUGUCAAACGCUUCUUUGUUUUCCAUGGCCUUUCAAUCUACAGUGGUACCUCGGGUUACAGAUGCUUCAGGUUACAGACGCUUCAGGUUACAGACUCCACUAACCCAGAAAUAGUACCUCGGGUUAAGAACUUUGCUUCAGGAUGAGAACAGAAAUCACGCGGCAGCAGCAGGAGGCCCCAUUAGCUAAAGUGGUGCUUCAGGUUAAGAACAGUUUCAGGUUAAGAACGGACCUCCGGAACGAAUUAAGUACUUAACCCGAGGUACCACUGUAUUCCAUUUCCGAUUAUGAUUAUUCUGGCACUGCUACAUGGUGCUGCUUUUGUACGUUUUGCUAUUCAUUUGUUUUAUUUACAAAUCUCUUACCUCCUCGUAAGUUUCCCUGAGAACGUGGCUAUAGAGUGUCAUAGAAAUAUUUUAAAUAAAAUGGAUAAUAAUCCUAGCUCCACAUCAAAAAAAAUUGGCCAGUAAACAGAUCAGAUUUCAUGGAGCGUACUAGAAAUGGAUCUUUUAUUUGUCUGGUAUAUCUACAGAAAUAUUUAUUUCAGAAGAUCUGCAUUCUGAGCACUCUGACAGUAAUUACAGUAUUAGAAUACACAAUGUAUUGUGAUUUAUGGACCUAUUCACAAUGACUAGAGAUGAAACCUGAAAGCCAGAUGUUUUAUGUAAUGUUGCCACUUAACAGUACAAAUUUUCAAAUUUUAAUAAAUAGGCGUUGUGACAUUUAUAGAGUUGUGUCAAAUUGUUUUUUUAUUUUAUUCUUCUGGAAGAAAAUAACAUAGCUGCUGCACAUGAGAAAAUUGCAGAGUGCAAAAAGCAGAUUCUUCAGGCAAAAAGAAUACGAAAAAAUCGCCAAGGUAACUAUUUAUUUUGCAGUUAGUAAUUGCUAGUUUUAUAUGAAGGGGCAUGUAACAUUAGUGAUUUGAUGCAUAUGACAAGCCUUCUCUAACUUGCCAUGAUUAUUUUCACUUGUUAUGAAAGAUCUCGUUUAGAAAUAAAUAUUGCCUAUGCUGUCAGUCACUCCUUAGACUUGAACUUAAAGCAUAAAGUGCCUGCCCUUUUGCUGCAUUUCCUUGUGACAUGAGUGGAAAUAAUGUCUUACUCGAAGUGUGGUUUCCCACAAAUCAUGAUCGCAAUCCAUGUUUCAAUCCUGUGUUUGUCAUUCUGGUUUGCUGGAAAUCUGUACUAAUAGAUGGGUUAAAACAUGUCUCCCCUAUGUGAGAGAGGGUGGUGUGGAUCCCGUGAUUGUAAGCUAGAGGAAUGGGUGAAAGGAGUAGAGACAUCAUACCCAUCCCUCUGGUGAAUGAGUGUUAUGAACUAGAAAGAUUUCUUUUCAGAAGGGAGACUGAUAAAGAAGUGGGCAAGCCAGUAUCACAUCUGAAGGCAGCCCUGUUCAGGGACGUUUUCAAUGUCUGACAGGUUAUUAUUUUUUUCUAUUUUGCUGGAAGCCGCCCAGAGUGGCUGGGGAAACCCAGCCAGAUGGACAUGGUCUAAACAAUAAAAUUAUCAUCAUCAUCAUCAUCAUCACAUGGGCAAACACUGAGAUGUUUGGUACCGAGUUAAGGUUGAGGCUGUGCAUAUGCCAAGCAACAGAGCAUUCAUUCACCUGUCAUCCCAGUUAUAUUGUUUUAAUUAUAUUUCUUAUACUUUUAAUUGUUUCUAGUCUGAAAGUUUGAGAAUGGGCCAAGUUAUAAACAAAAAUAUAAAAAUUAGUGAAAUUACACUCUUACUUUGUGAAACUGGAAUAAAGUCAGAUAUGAUGCUUAUAAUCUUUUAUUCUUUCAGAAUAUGAUGCUUUGGCUAAAGUAAUACAGCAUCAUCCAGAUAGGCAUGAAACACUCAAGUAAGUAUGGGUCUAACACCUGAAAUGAAACUGUGAUAAUAAUUUAUCAGAGCAUCUGAGAGCUAGCAGUCACUGUAAUUAAAAUAAUAUGGUGGUAUUAUCUGAAAGUGCACCACAGAAACUCGCACAAAAUGUUCACCUGUACAGAAUAUGCCUAGAUUUAGUAAGUAAUUCUAAUUACAGUCACUGUGAUCAUGCAGAGUGGCAUAGUCCAGUUAACGUUGCAUUUGGGUGUUCAUUCAAGGCAGCAGAAUUAGACUGUGCUUUUUCUGUAAAGGUGAUGCUUCUGGGAUUCCUCCAUCCCUUUUGGACAUCUUCCCUGGCACAAUUCUGUGUGCUGGUUUGAAUCAUUCUAAGUGACUUGGAAUCUAGGUAGCUUCUCCCACACAAAUGUGCCCUUGUAGCAUUUCUAGGCUGCCAACACCACAGGCAGAGAUGGAGCUGAUGCUAGGAGAUAGGUCCAUCUCAGUUGUGGUACCCUUCAGAAUGUGGUUCCCAAAGUCGUGCCUGGUGAGGGUUUGCUUUCUUCUCAGUGUCUUUUUACUUCCCGGGCGUCUUAAAAAUGACUCCUCUAUCUUGCAUCGUUUUGCACUGUUUUAAGUGCACGUGCUUUCGUAUACUUGUUACUAUUUGUGUAAGCUGCUCUGGGAACCACUGGGUAGUUGGAAGAGCAUAAUAUAAAUGAUUAAAAACUUCAGGUUGAAAGUUGAGUUAUAAAUGGAAUUAUUAAUAAAUAGUGCAAAACAAAGAUAAGGUGUCUUCAAUGGCAGUAUGCUAAAUCUCUUUUCAGGCAGUUAGAAGCUCUGGGAAAAGAACUUCAGCAUCUCUCUCGUAUCAAAGAAAAUGUAGAAGACAAAGUAAGUUUUGCUGAUUUUUUCUUCUUCUUUUACAAUGAAAUACUGCUUGGGUAAUUCCGUACUGACCGGUGUAACAUUUAUAAGCUUUUUUAAACAAAAUAUUUUGUGUUUUCGCUAAUAUUUUAGCCCUGCCCACCUGUCAAAUUUGGCCUGCAAGGCAGAUCCUGAUAAGAAUCUGACCUUUGGGGCCAAAAAGUUUCCCUAUGCCUGUUCUAGAUAAGCCAGCCUAUUCAGCCUAGCUAGGGGGAGCCAAUCAGGACUGGUCUACCUCCUCCAUGGAUGUGAAGGGAAGCUGGUAGAAGCUUUUACAUGCUUCAAGAAAUAGAGGGGGGGGCCUAGUAGAGAAAUACAAAUUCUGUACUUUUCUAAACCAUAACAUAGGCUACAAGAAAUGUUGCAUUUAAAAUACAUUGCAGGUAAUAUCAUACUUUUUUCAUGCUAAGAACCUUGAGGAAGAAAAUAAUGUUAAAACAUAGAUUUUCAUUUGCCGUGGAGGGGGGAAGUAUGUGUUUAUGUGGGGGAGGGGAGGGGGGAAGUAUGUGUUUAUGUGACAACACUCAGCAAGUGUUGUUGUCCUAAUUUCAUUGGAUUUUGUUCCUAACAUAAAAUUUCCUGUCAAUGUACCAAACAAGCAAGCAAAAACUAUCAGUACAAUAAAGGGUCAUUAACCUAUUGUCUAUUUUCUUGGAAAGGUCUUUAACUGAACUUUAGAGGGGGGGGGAUAGAGUAAAUCUGAGUCAUAGGGCAUGCCAUGCUUCUGGUUGCUUUACUCAUGUGUAAAAUGCCAUUUUGAACAUUCAACUUUGGCAAAUUAUCUUUGAAAUUAUAUAGAACAUGUUAACUAUAUGAAAAUUGGGUCUGUAGGUUGACAUUUUUGUGGCUUCACCCACAUGUUUACUUAGAUGAUGAUUCAUUGAUGCAGAACAGAGAGAAUCCAAAAGAAAUAUUUCAUAUGCUUCAGAUUUUGUUUUUGUUUUCUUUUAGCUGGAGUUGAGACGAAAGCAGUUCCAUGUACUUCUGAGCACCAUCCAUGAACUUCAGCAAACACUGGAAAGUAAGUUAGUUUAGUAUAUAAAGGCAUGACUUACUUUCCUUAGUGCGUGGGUUCAAGUUUAUUUGUUGCUCCUUCCCUCAUACACUCAGCUUGCCAAAUUCCUGUCCUUCCCUAAAUUUCAUCAUAAGCUUCAAUAUGUCCACUUACCUUUUCAGAUUCAACUCAGUAGCAUUCAAAAUAAUAGGGCAUGACUUCUAUGUUCAUUUUAAAGUGAAUGUUUUUAAACAACAAGCACAAUAUUUAUUUCAGAUGAUGAGAAGCUUUCAGAAGCAGAAGAUGCCUCAGAUACACCAAUGGUAUCUGCAGAUAAACAAUAGGCAGACCCUGGAUAUAGCUCCAAAGCCUGGAAGCCAAUGGAUACUUUUUUUUUCUUUUGGUCUCCUGAGAAACUAGAUUGUAUUUCCAUUGGAAUGCAUUUGACUUAAUGUUUGAAAUGUCUUUUUAAUACAAUAAAUAGUUGAUAUUACAUACUUAGUCUUAGAUUCACAUUGCUUUUGUAUUAUGGAAUUAAAAUACUACUUUAGUCUUUGAGCUCUUUUCUGUCUUUUUCUUAUUCAGUUUUUAAAAAUCUCCAUAUUAAUGUUAACACAUCAGUACAGCUAUUUACAAACAACAAAAAGAAGAGGAAGCAAAAUGCAAAAAAUAUAAUACAGGAGCAUGACCUUAUAGUGGUCACUUAUUUGAUGUCACCUUAGCUCGCAUUGCUAUAAAUUUAGAUAUAACGUAGAAAAAAAUGAUAUAAGGUUGAACAGUAUUGCGAUAUUUCCAAAAACCCGUGAACAGGAAUAAUAUCUCUAUAACGUCAUUUUGAGAGUUACAUUUCAAGUAAUAGGUCAGGUUUUUUGAGGAACAGUAUAUCCCAUAUUAUUUUAAUCCAUUCUGCAAUGUUAGGUGAUUGUAUUUGAUUUCCAGUGUUGAGUAAUGUAUGUUCUAGUCACCACAAAAGCCAACAGGUCACACUUCAAGCAUAACUCGUAAAUAUAUCUUGCAUGUGUUGCCGUUUGAGGUGUUAGCAAUAAACAAAGGAACACUCUUGCCUUCUGAGCUCAGGUUACUGAAGCUAUAAAAUAGAGAACCUUUGGACCACAACAGCGAGGCCAAGAGCCUUGUUGUCUGGGCAGCCCAGGACCUCCAUACACUCUGCCCAGGCUUGCACCCCAGGGAGGUCACUUCAGUUUGACUUUCCCCCCAGAGGCGCACUCCAUUGGCUCUUGAGAAAUAUGGAGGCCAACAAAAGGAAGAAAUAGCAAAAACAUGAAUUGCUGCUGGCUUUGACAGUAGCAUCAAAUCUUAAUCUACUUUGACCUUUCUGAGAUGGUUAAUCAGCUGUUAGAAGCGUCCCGGCAAAUGGUUCACUUUAAACUUGAGUAAUAUUUUCAAAAGAAAGAAAAAGAAGGAUAUUAGCAACAGCAUUUACACGGAAAGCACGUGUUUUUCCGUUUAUGCUUCUUUGUGGUUCUUAAGGAAACCCUUUGGAACUGCUUAGAGGACUGCAGUAUCCUGUCUCCCAAAGACUCGCACUGCUGCAGCUCUGCACUUCUCAGAGCCAAUAGCUGGAUGGAUUUUUCACUGAUGUUAUCCAAGAGAUUAUCCACCUGUUGAGAAACGUGGAUGAAAAAUGGUGAAGUAUAGCAAGAUAAAACAAAUUUGUUUGAACUGAAAGAAAGAUGAAGGGUUUCAGUCACUUGUAAAGAUAGAAAAUAUUGACUAUCCUACACAAUGUUAUCAGCAAUACAAAAUUUGCCCAUAGAACUGCAAUGCGAGCAACACAACAGGCUGUGAACUUAAUGUACAUGCAUUUUCCUGCAUGUGCAGUGUCAGGACUGGUCGUUCUCCUCUUCAGAUCACCACACAAACACUUCUCAUUCUUUUAUAACUUUUUAUUGCGUAUUAACAAACAAUAUUAUAAACGGUUCUUUUCUUUAACUAUUACUCCUCAGAGUCACUUAUUUCAGAUACUUUCUGAGUUCUGCUUCUCCGUGACCAGCAACUCUCAAAAUGGCGAACACGCCAUUCCUUUCGCUUUCCCACUUUUUUCUGACCUCCUUGCUAGAGCUGCCUUGUAUCUCCCCUCCUCCUAAUCUGAGCUAUAACUUAACCCUUGCCUUUCCUGUGAACAUCCGGUCCCUCCCUGUUGUUCCUGUUGCUCUCUGCUAUUAGCUUCACUGCUCUCUUCACCCCCUUGGGGAAAACUUUCUCCCUCUGGAAAACUGGAAACUUCUAACUCUAUUUCCUGACAUGCAGUAGAUAGACAGAAGUACAUCCCUCCAUCAGGUCAGGAGCUUCAACCUGAGAAAAGAGCUGAGCGCUGAACUCUUCUAAAAUAAGAAUUUCUCACAUGGGGAGUCCAAAGAAGAAAAGUCACAAUAAGAGAGACUCAUAAGCCCCAUAAUCUGGAGCAAACUUGACUGGUUCCAGGUUGAAUCGACAGUGAAGUUUGGUCAACAAUUCUUAAGCGCAGCUCAUGAGCACUUUAAAAUGAGUUGGGCUCACUUUCAAUUAAUGAGCGGUACGCAAACCCACUGAAAGAAAUGGGUUUGCUCUAGUGUGACUAAUAUAGUAUAUCAUUCAUGCUGUUCAUAGUUUGCUGGUAGGGAGAAGGAAGAAUUGGGAGUCGGAAAGAUAAAGGUCUAUGGUGGAAUUUAGAUACAUAAAAAACACUCUGAAAAUGCUUUUUUUGACGUUUUGAAAAAUAUAUUGAAUUUGCCAUAGCUCACCAUCACCAUCUAAUGUCACAUUUGUAUAAUUCACUUUACAACACACUUACAAACAUUUUAUUUGCAGCUGUAUAGCCAAGUCCUAUGUUGCACCGUAUAAUUAAACAAUGCUUUGAUUCAAGAUACCUGCAUUUGAAGCUUCCCUAGUGUUAUGUCUGAAUGGUACCAUACUGGUGGCAUACUUUUCUUCUUCUUUUUGAACACUGAGAAAUUUUUCUUUUUUGCCAAAUAGGAAACCUGUUUUUUGGGGGGGUGGGAAACAAAACAUUCAGACAAGAACAUAAUUCUGUGAUCCACAUGAAUAGGUGCUUUCCAUUCUCUUCCAUGAGAAAGGAACAUGCCAUACCUAUGUAGACAAUUUGUAUUGUGAACACGGAAGAUUUCCAGCCUCAUAAUAAAUGGGGAAAGUUCAUACAGGGAACUCCCAAGUCUGUUUGUCUCUAUCUUAAAUUUGCACCCCUUGUUUCCACCACAUGGUGCCCAAGUUGGCUAAUACUAGUACAGUAUCAUAAAAUGCAAUG